UUUUCUACGGCAACGUUUUAAAGAAAUGUCGUGACACAUCUGUCAAAAGCACUCAAAAAUUAAACUUUUCCAAAUGCUCUAAAAACCUAUGAUCUCUGUUUACUAAUUAUUGAUAAAACAAUUCGAAUUAAAAGAUGCUUAAAUUCAGUGGGAGUGUAAUUUGGAGGUUAGGAAGUCGAGCGACCCUGAGGCAGUACUCCAGUGCCGGAGCCACAGUCGUGAAGACUGACAAGCUGGAAGUUGACGGAAGUUUACCUAAUAAAAAUGCCCAAACUGCAGAACAUGAUAAGGACAACAAGUCAGGUUUAGUAGCAGCGGCAUUCGCCACAUUAAAUUCUCCAGAGACUGAUGAGCCGAAGCGGCCCAGCCCCAAGUCAGUGAAACAGAGCCGCACGCAGCAGAUGGACAUGCAGAUUGUGAAGGCUACGGACAUUAACGGCUUGUUAUCUGUAGCCGAGAACCCUGUUGUAUCAAGGAGGCAUGCUUUGAAGAUGGUAUCAGUCCUAUCAGACUGGUCCACAUCUAACAAAGUGAAGAUCACAGACUUUGAGAAGGACCCUCGCUUCCUGAAACUAUGUCGGAUCCUGGCACGCACCAGCACUACUCAAGCUAUGAGCUCUCUAAACAUGGCUGACGAUCUGAGCACUGUGCUUGGCAUCACAGGGGAUGAUGAGGCGGCUAGGCUGAUUGCUAAUCUCACACUACCACAGAUGGUUAAGGUGAUGCGAGCUCUCCAUCAAAAAGGCCGCCGCAGCACGCCCCUGCUCCGAGCGCUAUCGUACAACAUAACGCGCCAGGCCGACACCAUAGACCUUAAGAAAUCUGCCGAUCUGCUGUUCUCUAUGGCCACACUCAACUUUCCCGAUCCAUUAUUAUUGGAUAGAAUUUGCAAAGAUGUAAUCGACUGCCUACCGGCCAACAAAGAUAAGCCAGCAGUCGUCAAUUCCAUUAUAGUAUCCCUCGGCCUUCUGAAAUACCGUCACGAGCCAGCCCUCACAGCGAUCACAGAGUGGAUACAAACACAUAUGCAAGCAUGUCGUGCGGGGGACAUAGCAUCCGCAGUUAUAACGUUAGCUACCGUGGAUUUUGUUCCGCCGAAUAGCGAAAAGUUGUUCAAAGCGGCAGAAUCCUUAAAAGAAGAAGAGAUGGCCAAGUCGUCCGCGUGGCUGGACCUCGUGUUUGCCCUGCUCACACUCAACAAGGCGCAGCCGCACCAACUGGUGUCGACGAUUCAGCCGGAAUUCAUCGAUAAAUUGCUGUCGCUAGGCGAAAUCCUCAUCCCCUCCCGGCGCAAGCUGAUGGCCAUCGACGCCUUCCUGCAGCUGACCGCUCCCCCCGCGGGCCCCCCCUCGCCCCCCGCUCCCCCCGCGCCGCGCCUCCCCCCCGACGUGGCCGUCGGCGUGCCCCUGGUGUACACGAAGGAGAAGACGCUCUACGUGCACUCCAUCAUGGACACCUUCAGAAGUCUGGUGUCUGCUGAUGCGUUUAUGAAGCGGGAAUGUAAUAGCGGCAUGGGAUUUCUGUAUGACGCGGAGUUUGCGAUAGAUUCAAAAUGUCACCCAGUACCAUUAGAGAAAGCAGCAAAUGACAAAAGUGUAUUCAGGAUAGCGGUGCUGGCCCUGGACUACCACGACCUCGCCAGGAAGACAGCGGCGCCCCUCGGCAUCUACCAGCUCUACACCAGGAUGUUACAACUUAAGGGCUUCAAAGCGCUACAGAUUCCAUACACUGAGUUCAACCCGCGCGACAAACUCGUCACGCGAGUCCAAUACAUCGAGAAGCGACUAAAGGAGAUUAUUAGCGAUAAGUCCGCCUCAUAGAGCCGCGAACACUGUAAAUGUGUACAGAGUUAAGUAUCUGUUUUAUUAGUAGAAGAAUUUAUAUGGAUGGAAUGAGUCAUUAAAUGUGCGAAUGUUCUGCCAUCUUGUGGCUAAAUCGGUAUUAAUAACAUGGCAUUAGCACUUCGCGCUAACAAAUAGGGGUAUCCUGUACGGCCCCUAGAUUUCAAGCAUGGUCCCUUGCGCGUUAGAGGACCUAAAAUCUUGAGGUCUAAAUCAGAAUUAAUAACUAAACAUUGACAUGCGUCAGUAAACGGGAGGCUUCUGUGCUGUCCUCUAAAGUUCACGCACGAUUCCUAUAGUUCGAUCAAAAGAAAUGCGGAGCAACAACAAUAUUUCACCGCUAUAAAAUGUAUAGGCUUAUAUUAGGACAAGAUAACAUCCAUGGAUCCUUAGAUGGGCAUUGGCCUAAAAAUAAAGUCGAUCAGUCGGUCCCAACCUAAAAUUUAUGCACCCAAAGUGAAUUUAUGACCAUACACUGUAUCACUGAUGGACUUUAUUUUUGGUCAGAUGACAAUUGUUUAUCGACAAACGCCAAUCGGAAAGUAAAAACGUAUCGUUAUGACGCGUGCGAAAUAUUCGCUUGCUUUUGUAUAUUUAGGGAAAUAUAUUUGAACUAACUGGGGUUAUUGUUUAUUAAUUUAUUGUUGGCUAAAUCAACUUUAAGUAUAAUUUUUCAUUUCAUGUCGUUGUCAUGUUAUAUUUAUGUACUCGAUAAAUAAUAUACACUUUAGGAACAAUAUUUGUUUGAUAAAAAAACACGUACGUAGAGUAUAAACGAGUUGCUUAACUCGGAUAAAAUUUAAUACGACCUGUCUGGCCUAGUGGGUAGUGACCCUGCCUAUGAAGCCGAUGGUCCCGGGUUCAAAUCAUGGUACGGGCAUUUAUUCGUGUGAUGAGCACGGAUAUUUGUUCCUGAGUCAUGGGUAAUACCAUAAUCAUAAAAUCUUAUAGUUAGAUAUAUCCGAGUUUGAAGUUAAGCGAAUCAAAUAUGUGGUUCUCACAUAUAAAGAAAAUAUACUUUCAAUGAAAUUCAUGUACUUCAACUUAUAAAAGUAUGACUUCUGUACGUAAUUUAAAUGGUAACUUCAGUUGAGUUUAUUUUAAAACUCGACGCAAGUUAUCAUCGAACGUUGUGAAUAGUAUGUACAAAUAUCAACCUUAUUAUAUUAUCAUUAGAAGCCAUUUUGCAUUAGCACUGUAAUGACCCUCUAACCGUCUUUGUUUAUGAUUAUAGCAUUGUAUUUUGCAUUAAGUACACUUAUAAAGGCUAAAAUACACCUUAAUGUGUUACAAUAAAGUUCAAAUUCGCGAUUUAACACAUUCAUUGCCAACACGAAUUACGCGCUACGAGCGUUGCCGAUAAUACAGGAAAAUCGUACGCGAAAAGCGCCUACGAACAGAGAACCCGCCUAGCGGGUCGCUGUCAUUGAAGUGUUAAAUGGCGAUCAGAGGGUGAUCCAUCCACAUAGUUUUAGAUACCUAUUUGUUGACUAGUAAAAUUUGACUACGUAAGAGUAUGAAUGAAAAGCCCUCGGGGUCAAAAUCGGAAUUCAAUUCUAAGUGUUAAACUGUAAGAUCGUUUUUUGGUUAGCAAAUUUACAGCAUUUCUGGCGUUACCUAUAAAAAGGGACCUUAUUGUCGAUGACGGUUCCGCCGUCAUAAACAAUGCUCCGAUACAAAUACAACACUGCGCGACGCAGUGCGGCGUAAGCGCCAUCGACAAAUAAGGUCCCUUUUCAUAGAUAAUGCCACAUUUAAGAGACUGUUCAGUUAAUAUCGGUUUUCAGUCUGCAAUAUAGCGUGUCUCUGGAUACAUGGUAAAUCGAGCUCUAUUAAUAAGGUUCAUUCAUUUGUUCGAAAGACUCUUAUGUCCAUGACCUAAAGGUGUCUAUUUCUUGAAGUGCUUCUUGAAGUCCUUCUGAAUAAUUCCGAGUGGCUGUAGGUUGAGUGCGGAGAUAACAUUGGUACUCUGAUGUUGGUAGCGCUGCUCAGAUGUCAAGGAUAAUGUCCUUUAUCAUUUGUACUAUUUGAAGCAUAUGUUCAACAGAGACACCUGACUUUAACUGUCCUUCGGAGUCAUCCAUUAAUUAUGUCACACGUUUAGGGGGAGUCCCAGAAGUCGUCGGCAACAUCAAGGGUCUGCUAGGCUUCUUGGUAGAGUUGGGUUUGCAAGAGUAGUGCCGACAACCCACCACGCUAAAUAGGCGCAAUUGUAUGACGUCGAGUUGCGGAAAUCAAGCCCGCGAGUACCUAUAACCUAGGGGGAAGGAGAGGGUUAAAAAUGUGAAAGUUGUGACAAGAGGAGGGGAAGUCACAAAAUUUGUGACGUCACUUUAAUCAGUAACCUAAAAUGUAUUUAUAGGUUUUCGAUGUACAGUUAAAUAAUGAGUUUUUGGAACGCUUUUAUCGUUUUUUUUCCUUAUUGGUUUCAUUAAGUGACUAGUAUUUCUUUUAUCAAAAAUAUUGUUCAAUUAAAAUAAUAAAUCUUAAUUAGUAUUGCCGAUUUCAUUAAAAACAUAAUUUUCAAAAUUGUGACAUCACACCAGAGGGGGAGGGGUUUGCCAAAUGUGACCAAGUGUGACAAGGAGAGGAGGGAUGAAAAACCGAGAAAUUUGUGUGACGGAAUUAAUGGAUAACCCCUUCCGUAAACCUUACGUGUCGUCUUUGUACUGAGGUUUCCGAAUUGUCACUCAACGGUGAGGACCAUGGCAAUCUAACAAAAUGUUGAAGACCACUUACUUUGACGUCUGUGUGCGUGGUUGUACAUGUAUGUAACUUGGGAAAUAUUUAAUAAAUGCGAUUUUAAUGUUAA